AUGCCACGCGGAGUCGGCGAGACGGUGGACGACCCGCUGCCGUACGCCUGCGACGUCUGUCAGAAGGCGUUCAGCACGCGGCGCGUGUUGAACAAGCACCUGCUGAGCCACGCGGGCGUGCGGUAUCCGUGCGAGCAGUGCGACAAGAGCUUCCCUCGGCUGGACCGGCUGCGCCGCCACCAGCUGACGCACGCCGCCGUCCGACCGUACGUGUGCCAGACAUGUCAGAAGGGCUUCAACCGGCGCGAGUACCUGGUGCAGCACCAGCGUGUGCACUCGGGCGACCAGCCGUUUCAGUGCGACAUCUGUGGCAUGCGCUUCAGCUUGCACUCCAACUUCACCAUGCACAAGCGAGUGCACGCGCAGGAGAAGCGGUUCACGUGCGAUGUGUGUGAGCGCGGCUUCAACCGGCUGGACCACCUGGAGACGCACAAGCUGCAGCAUACUGGCGAGAAGCCCAUGAUCUGCGAGAAGUGCGGUCUGCAGUUCUCCAUCAAGGAGAAGUUGCAGCGGCACAUGCUGGUGCACGCCGACGAGAAGUCGUUUGCCUGCGCCAUCUGUGCUCGCCGCUUCCGCCGCAAGGACAAGCUGGACGCGCACAUGGAAAAGCACGCGUCUGGGCCCGGCCAGGCGUGUCAGCUGUGCCCUAAGGUGCUGCCUCGACGCGAGCUGCUACGCCAGCACGAGCGCCAGCACGCCGACCCUGCCAAAGUGCAGUGUCCCACCUGUCUCAAG